UAAAAAAAAAAACAGUAACAUCAACGGGAAUGACAGCCGAAGAUAUAAAAUUUUUAGUCAAUUUAUUUUUUGUUUCAUAAUCAAUAUGUACAAAGGAUUUACUCGGAUAUUAUCACUUUACUGUGCAGAUAAAGUACAACCGUGUGUUCCUCCUAUUCUUAGAAAUAAUGUGUUAUGUACGCGAAAAGGUGGUCCUAAUAUAGGUUAUAUUUUUCUACGAACGAAAAAACACGACAGAGGCAGUCCCUCGGCUCUGUUCGUUCCCGUACCAGUCAAGCCUAACCCUGAUGACAUAAACAUUGGUGCAGAACUCUCUGGACGUCUGAAGAAGCAGGAUCUUCUUAAAAUUCUUAACAAAUUCUAUCAAAAACCAGAGGUCAGAGUGUUGGCAUCAGAGAAUGGAUUGGAUGACCAGCUAUUGCAUCAGGCUUUUCUAUCGUUUCGGAGACAUUGUUUAGAACAUGACCUGCCACCAGACUUACACAUCAUUAUAAGUGAUAUUAUACAAGGUGCUGGCCAUGUAGAUGACCUAUUUCCAUACUUCCUGAGACAUGCAAGACAGGCAUUCCCUCACCUAGACUGUUUAGAUGACCUGAAAAAGAUAUCUGACUUGAGAACACCUGCUAACUGGUAUCCUGAAGCAAGAUCAAUAAACAGAAAGAUAAUAUUCCAUGCGGGUCCAACAAACUCGGGCAAGACUUAUCAUGCACUCGAGAGGUUUUUGAGUGCCAAAUCUGGAGUUUACUGUGGCCCAUUGAAGCUAUUGGCAACUGAAAUAUAUCAUAAAUCUAAUAAACAUGGUACACCUUGCGAUCUGAUAACUGGAGAAGAAAGGAGGCACGCGUCUUUAUACACAACUUUGACAAAUCCAGACGAGAAGAGUGUCAAUGCUCCAACAGACAACCACUGCUUACAAAUAGAUGCAACUGAGCUUACGCCUUCUAGUCAUGUUGCUUGUACAGUUGAAAUGACGUCACUUAAUAAUAGAUAUGAAGUAGCAAUUAUAGAUGAAAUCCAAAUGAUUGGGGACAGGGGAAGAGGGUGGGCGUGGACGCGGGCGAUAUUAGGAUUACAAGCAGAUGAAAUACAUUUGUGUGGAGAGGCUGGUGCUGUCAGUCUUAUAGAAGAAAUAUGUAAUGCGACUGGUGAAGAAUUAGAAGUACGCAACUAUAAAAGACUAACAGAACUGAAAGUAGAAGACACAGCAUUGGGAUCCCUGGAUAACGUGAAACCCGGAGACUGUAUAGUGUGUUUCAAUAAAAACGACAUUUACAGUGUAAGUCGAGCCAUUGAACAGAGGGGUCAAGAAGUAGCAGUAAUUUACGGUAGUUUACCUCCGGGCACAAAGUUAGCUCAAGCGAAUAAGUUCAAUGACCCUAACAGUUCGUGUAAAGUUAUGGUAGCUACCGACGCAAUAGGGUUGGGCAUUAAUUUGAGUAUAAGAAGAAUAAUAUUUUAUUCUCUAAUAAAGCCCGUGGUGAACGAUGACGGAGAUAAAGAAAUGGAUGUUAUUAGUAUAUCGCAAGCUUUACAAAUCGCUGGUCGUGCAGGUCGCUACGGCAGUGCUUGGGAGACUGGUUACGUCACAACAUACAAGCCAGAGGAUUUGGCCACGUUGAAAACGUUGCUAUCAAAUACUCCCGACCCGGUCACUCAGGCGGGGUUACACCCGACUGCUGAACAAAUGGAGCUGUAUGCUUAUCAUCUACCUCAUGCCAGUCUUAGUAGUCUUAUGGAUAUAUUCGUCCACUUAUGUACCGUCGACGUGUCCCUCUACUUCAUGUGUAACACGGAAGCGUUCAAAUUCCUCGCGGAGAUGAUACAGCACGUGCCGCUGCCUCUCCGCGCUCGCUACGUCUUCUGUUGUGCACCGAUCAACAACAAACUGCCCUUUGUUUGUGCCACAUUCCUUAAGAUGGUCCGACAAUACAGUCGCAACGAGCCUCUAACAAAGAACUGGUUGAGUAACGUCGUGGACUGGCCUCUGCCCUCGCCGAAGACUAUCAUGGAUCUAGUACAUCUGGAGUCUGUGUUUGAUGUGUUAGAGCUUUAUUUAUGGUUAAGUUAUCGGUUCCCCGACAUGUUCCCUGACGCUAAGCUAGUGCGUGAUAUGGAAGUGGAACUGGACGCGAUCAUACAGCAAGGAAUAUUCCAAAUAACCAGAUUAUUAAGAAACUCAGAGCAAGUCCUUCGCGACGACGCACAGAUGGAAGCGCUGAGAGACAAGAGAAUGUCGCGCUCCGGCUCGCACUUGAAGCCCAAGGGAGACGACUCCAAGCCUAAACUGUCGGAAUUACUUGUAGCUAAGGGUCUUAUCACACCUCAAAUGUUGAAGAAACUCCAGCAAGAACUAGCAACUAAUUCAACAGACAAACAGAAGCCAGAAAGAAGUCGAAAUAAUAGAAAUAGGAGGAAAUGAUGCUUUAAAUUUGUUGUAAAUAUAAGUUACAUAAAAUACUUGUAAUAAAAUGUUCCCGAGAUCUAGUUCAA